CUCUUUCCUCCGUAUUUCGUCCCCUUGGGCAAUCGGCACAUCAGAAAAACAUCAAAAAUUCCCCAUCCCCGGCUCUUCUUCACUAGAGGCAAAACCCUGAACUCAGAGCUCGACCUAGCACGCGCGGCCGCCGCACCCCCAAUGGCGUCCCUUUUCAAGGAUCCGAACAAGCUGUCGGCGUACAGGGACCGGCGGUUCCCCGGGACGCAGGAGGAGUACGAGGCGGCGCUGCUGGCGUCGACGACGUUGUACAUCGGGAACAUGUCCUUCUACACCACGGAGGAACAGGCGUACGAGCUCUUCUCCCGCGCCGGCGAGAUCAAGAAGAUCAUCAUGGGCCUCGACAAGAACUCCAAGACCCCCUGCGGCUUCUGCUUCGUUCUGUACUACUCUAGGGAGGAUGCUGAAGAUGCAGUCAAAUAUAUUAGUGGAACAAUGCUUGAUGAUCGUCCAAUCCGUGUUGAUUUUGAUUGGGGCUUUGAAGAAGGCAGGCAAUGGGGCCGUGGACGGAGUGGUGGACAAGUCAGAGAUGAAUACCGUACGGAUUAUGAUCCUGGAAGAGGUGGUUAUGGUAAAAUGGUUCAGAAGGAACUAGAAGCGCAAAGAGAAUUAGUUGACUACGGUGGAGCUUUUCAACCAAAUGCACCACCUCCAUAUGAGAAAGGUGAAAGGAAGAGAGGAUAUGGAGAUUCUUACAGGAAUGACAGAGGAGAUUACCAACGGAAACGCUACCGGAAUGAUGAUCGGUCUGCACCAGAGGGGUCCAGGGGAGCACCUGACUCUGAUCCAGUGGAGAAGAAUCCUAGAUUCCGUGAGAAAGGUGACUCUGAUGAAGAAGAUGAUUACGAUAAGAGACGCCGUCGCUAAACCUGGGGAACAAUCGCUGCAAUACGCAGAUGUCCUUAUGUCUAGUUACCGCAGAAGUGUCCACUGCCAUCAACAGUAUUUGGUUUACCCCGUCAUGUGCCAGAACUUAAAACUUUUCCUUAUUCAGCCGUUCUUUUUCUUGUGCUCGCAUCAUCAGUUAAUCAUCAUGUGCAUAGGUUUUGCAUGUGAUGAUAGUGAUUCGAGUAUGGGAUUCUGUAUGUGUGCUGCUGACGAAGGCGGGCACUGAGUCUAAUGGACAUUAGCACUGAUUUGUCACCGAAGCCUUGAAUUUUCCCUUCAAUGUAGUAUGUGGGAACAGUUUAGGAGAAUGUUGUUGCUCAUUACCAUUGAGCACUAAAGCAUAUUUCAAUUGGGGGGCACGCUAGCAUUAACCUAGUAUCUCUGUAUGUCCAUACUAUACAGUGCACCAAAGUUUGUGUUCUGGAUUCACCGUCCAUCCAAACGUUGUAAGCGUUGGUA